AUGGAUUCCAUUAGCAUGGAUAUUACUCCGAUGUUGGCUCGAAUGCCCUCCAACAGUGUUUUAGCUGUAGCUACAGCUCUUUUACUCGUCAUCAUUUCCAUGCUGACGAACAAAAAGACCCGAAAGCCUUUCACAGACACGGAGGGCCGAAAAGCUAAGAUGUUAAAGAAAAACACGCGCUUUUUGCGAUUCUCCCAUGGACCUCAAGUCUCGUUGGCAGGCCGCGAUGUUGCGGGUGACGAUCCCUUUCUCGUUUGGAACGGCCCUCACCAAGAGCUGGUCAUUACCCAGCCAGAACAUCUCAAAGAAUUCUGCCGCAAGGAUGCCAAAGAUCAUACCAAGCCAAGCAACAUGAAUCUUGGGGACGGCUUCGGCCAGCUCCUUGGCGGCGCGGUGGGCGUCCAAGCAGGUAAGAAAUGGACCACCAUGCGCGCGCACUUCGACCCCGAGUUCUCCCGCAAUGCCAGCAUGAGCAUGGUGCCGCUGUACAAUUGUGAGGCCAUCCAGUGGCUCGCGGACCUGGCGAAACCAUCUUCAUCAUCGGUCUCUUCAACGCCACCUGUAGCUGGGGGCUUUGUACGUAACAUUGCCGAAGCGUGCCGUCUGCUGCCGUUUCGUCUUAUUGGUCUGGUCACCUAUGGCGAGACGUUUGAUCAUGAGGUACGACUGAAGCUGCAGGCUACUCAUGGCGCAGUUCCGUUCUUCGCUGACAAUAGCAGCUCUACCAGAAAUUGGUGGACUUGA